GCCGCUUCCCUCUGCCCGCCCUUCCUGGAUCGCGACAUGGCGGAGUAUUCCUGCGUCAAAUCCACCAAGCUCGUCCUCAAAGGGUCGAAAGAGAAGAGCAAGAAAAAGCACAAGGAAAAGAAAAGGAAGAGGGAAGAGGAUGCGGCAGAGCAGCUCGAUAUUGUUGGAAACUGGUGGGCUGUCAGUAAUUUUGGUGAAAUUACAGGAACUAUAGCUAUAGAAAUGGAUAAAGGAGCUUACAUCCAUGCCCUCGACAAUGGCUUGUUUACACUUGGAGCACCACAUAAAGGUGAUGAAGGCCCUAGUCCUCCUGAGCAGUUUACAGCAGUAAAGUUAUCUGAUACAAGGAUUGCUCUCAAGUCUGGUUAUGGCAAAUACCUUGGUAUAAAUUCAGACGGGCUGGUUGUUGGACGUUCUGAUGCAAUCGGAUCAAGAGAGCAGUGGGAACCUGUCUUCCAAGAUAGGAAAAUGGCAUUACUAGCAGCAAACAGCCGUUUUAUUAGGUGUAAUGAAGAGGGGGACAUAGAAGCCAAAAGCAAAACUGCAGGGGAAGGAGAAAUGAUAAAGAUUCGUACUUGUGCUGAAAGAGAAGCUAAGAAGAAAGAUGAUGUUCCACAAGAAGACAAAGGAAAUGUUAAACAGUGUGAAAUCAAUUACGUGAAGAAGUUCCAAAGUUUUCAAGACAAAAAGCUUAAAAUAAGCAAAGAAGAUACAAAAGCCCUUAGAAAAGCCAGAAAAGAAGGCACUUUUCAUGAAAUGCUGCUUGACAGGAGAGCUAAAGUGAAAGCAGAUAGAUACUGCAAGUGACAUCCAGCUGGCCCAUUUUCUUCUGCAGCUUUGAUGGCAGCGUCAAAUUGAAAAAGAGUAAAAUAUUUUAUAGAUGUUUUUUAUUUAAGGCAUUUUUUAAGUAUCUUCAGGAAUUGUAUUAAAAUUUUCUCAAAUAUUAAUAACCCAGUUAUCUUGUUAACUGUAUCACUUGUGAAAUACUUGGCUUGUAUUAAGGGAACAGCUCCAGCAAAAAUUAAAGGUAUAUCAAUUAACAAUGGUAAGGUAUUUGCCAGGUAACUUAAGGCCUGGGAGACAGACUUGUACACUGAUUUAAUCCAGAGAGAAAGCUCCCUGGCUUUUAGUUUCCUUUAGGACAAAAUUUAGAAAUAAAUAAAUGAUUGUAUGCAAA